AUGACUCCAAACUGUAGACAGGUAAAUGAUAUUUCUGGACAAGUGGAGAGUAUCAAAGGGGAGGUCACUGCUGCCAUGUCAGAGCUAGAGAAUGGUCAGGCAUCACCACUGAAUGUUGACUCCCCUAAACCAGUCACAAAACAAGAUGCAUUCUCCAGUCUUACAGAGUAUAUCAAAAGUCAACAAUACCAAAAAGCAAUACAGCUUGUCAGAUCUUUCAGGACAAUGUGGCCUGGUGACAUGUUUGGACAAUCACAAGAUGAUGACUUAGUUACCCUGCUCAAUGUAUUUUGUAUUGAAAUGGCUGAAAAGAAAACAGGUGUAUUUGUAUUAACAAAGGUGGAGUUUGACAUUGGUUUGUUAUAUAGCCAGUUAUUGGACAUUAAUCAACAAAUUAGAAACUGGACUAUACCCUCUCCUCAACAAUCAUGCACAGGAAACAACGAUUUAUUGGACUCCAGUACAUUAUGAUAGUAUAAAUAUUAAAAGGUUGACAAGAAAACUACAAUUAAUUGGACUUGAAUAAAUAAAAAUAAAAUAAAAAUGAUAAUAUGUAUUCUGAUCAGAACAGAAAACUAUAAUUUACUGGACUCGAGUAAAUAAUGAUGGUGAAAUGUAUUCUGAUCUGGACAGAAAACUACAGUUUAUUGGACUUGAGUAAAUAAUGAUGGUAUCACAGUAUUUAGUAUAUCACAUAUUUUGAUUACAUCAUCAAUAUUUCUUGCUUUGUGAGAGAGUUUAUAAAGAAAGUAAACAUGGCUUACAACACUUUUAAGUGUUGGAAAUUGAGUACCGCUUAAGCUGGUGCUAGAAGGAGUGUGGGAUGAUGCACUUUUUCAGUAUCCCUUAUGUACAGGCUCAAUCAAACAGAGUCUGCAAUUUUCAUGUAAUUUUGUUGUAAUUGAUGCUUCCGAGGGAUCACAUUUUUUUCAGACAAGGAUUGAUUUUAUCUCAUUGUUAAGUGAUUGUUGAAUGUGUAUUAAACUCAGUUGAGAUGUUUAUAUUUUGAGAAUACUAGUAAACUAAUAUGGGAUGAAAUAGAAUAAGUAUACAUCCUUAUUGCUAAAUUUGGGACAAUUUUUGUAUAUUUUUUUAAUGAUAUAUCAUAUGGUAAUGUGUGAACAAAAAUGUAUUUUUUUCUUGUCAAGCACAGUCAUAGUUAUAGUGUGUCACCUGUGCUAGGCUUUUUCUACAUCAAACAAUCAGGGUACCAUUACAUUUCAUAAUUGAGCAAAAUUAAAUUGUUUAAUGUCUACUUAUGAUAUGAUAAAAUGAUAUGUUUUAACAAUUUUCUACAGAGAACAAAAUCAUGUCAUGUUACUUUAUUUGUAAGAAGUGCCAAAUUUGUUGUUUGUCCUUCUAAAUAUGUUAAUGUUAAUUAGAAAGGUUG